AUGGCAGCGACAAGACGUUCAUGCACCCGCCUUUCGGCAUUACUUCCUUCGUCUUCUAAUGCUUUGUUCCGCGCACAGCUGCCAAGGGCAACAGCGAGAGUUGCUCUGACCAAGAGAGCUGGCGUUGCUGCUACAGUCACUUUUACUCGUGGGUUUAUCAAUGAUGUCAAGGCUGGUGGUAACAGCGGUGUGGAUUCCAUCGAGUUGAACGAGAGCUUGGCGCCUACGAUUGAUCGCUCGAGGUCAAAGGUUUAUGCCAGCGCUGAUGAAGCUGUUGCUGAUAUCAAGAGUGGGAGCACGAUUUUGAGUGCUGGGUUUGGUCUUUGUGGUACUGCUGAUACCAUCAUCAAAGCCAUGGCCAAAAGAGGAAUCGAGGAUUUGCACUCACUCAAGGCCGUUUCUAACAAUGCUGGAGCUGGUCCCUAUGGUCUUGCCGAAUUGGUUUCAUCUGGUCAACUCACUUCUGUCAUUCUAUCUUUCUUGGGCACCAACAAGGCCAUCGAGAAGAAAUACCUCUCUGGCGAAUUGGACGUCGAAUUAACACCCCAAGGAACCAUUGCUGAGCGUAUUCGCGCAGGAGGAGCUGGUAUCCCUGCUUUCUACACUCCCACUGGUGUCUCUACAUGGAUCGAAACCGGCGAAAUUCCCAUCAGAAUGGGUCCCCCCAAGCAGGGUUCUAAGAUGCCAACAACCCUGCAACCCGGCAAUGCACGUGAAACCCGCGAGUUCAAGGGCAAGAAGUAUAACCUGGAACAUGCGAUUCAAGGCGAUGUAGCUAUUCUCCGCGCCUACAAGGUAGACGAAGCAGGAAACUGCGUCUUCCGCUACACGACCGGAAACUUUGGUCCCAUGAUGGCAAAAGCAGCAAAAUGCAGUAUCGUAGAGGCUGAGCACAUCGUUCCCAUCGGCGAGAUUAAGCCCGACGAGGUGGACUUGCCAGGCAUCUACAUCGACCGCAUCGUCCCCGCAACCGAAGAAAAGAAACUCGAAGUCAAGAAACUGAGAGAGGUGGAAGGAAGCGAUCAAAGCAACAAGAGCGAAGCCGAGCAAAGACGUGAGAGAAUUGCUCGAAGAGCUGCUAAGGAAUUGAAGCAAGGUUACUACGUCAAUUUGGGAGUUGGUAUGCCUACACUCGCUCCUUCAUUCUUGGAUCCUGAGAUUAAGGUGUGGAUUCACUCUGAGAACGGAUUGAUGGGUAUGGGACCCUACCCCACCGAAGAAGAACUCGACGUCGACAUUAUCAACGCCGGAAAGGAAACCGUGACCAUCCUUCCUGGCGGUUCUACCUUUGACAGUGCAGAGUCAUUUGCUAUGAUCAGAGGUGGCCAUAUCGAUGUUUCCAUGCUUGGAGCUUUGCAAGUCAGCGCCAACGGAGACUUGGCAAAUUACAUGAUUCCUGGAAAGGUACUCAAGGGUAUGGGUGGUGCCAUGGACUUGGUUUCCAACCCUGACCAAACAAAGAUUGUCGUUCUUACCGAUCAUGUCGAUAAGAAUGGUGUCAGCAAGAUUCAGCAGGAGUGCAGUUUGCCACUUACCGGUGCCCGUUGUGUGUCAACCAUCAUUACCGAUUUGUGUGUCUUCCAGGUUGACCGUAAGAACGGUGGUCUUACUCUGACUGAAGUUGCUCCUGGCGUGACUGUCGAGCAAGUGCAACAAAACACUGGUGCCAAGUUCAAGGUCGCCGAUGACCUUCACGAGAUGGAGUAG